GUCGAAGUAAGGAGAUGCAAGGAAAAUAUCGACAAGCAUGGGGACAACAACCUACUUAUGUUAAUGUUAGAGCUAGAGGACUCUACUAAUAUCAUACUGAUGCUAGAAGUAGCUUUAAAGUGGGACUGGGAUACUCAUUCUUUUUGUACGGUAACCACAAGCACAUAUACAUGAGUGAUUUUUAAGUGAAAACUUCAUUACAUUUACAACAACAGACACUAUCAAGUGCAAGUACGAUUUGCUUUUCAACAUUUUUUGAUCAACGUCAACACGUAUAACUACGACAAGAUGUUCAAAAAGCCGGCCUCCGUGGAGGCGAAAAGCGAGAAGACUUACAAUGGCAAGGAGACUAAGAACAUCAUGCAGAUCUUCGAGUCUCGAUUUGGGGACAAGACCUCGCUCCCUUCCAAAAAAGCCCAACUAGUGCUCAAAACGGGCUCGCAGACUCUUGGUUUCCUCUGCAGUGGUGAAAACACGGAUGUUUGCCUCUAUGUGGUGCCGGACAUUCGCCAGAUGGAGCAAACGAUUUUCCCAUCUCUGCUCACACUUUGGAAACACACGUGGCAAAGGCUGGAUUUUUGCGGCAGUGACAGUACUACAUUGGCCGCGACACAAGAACUUACAACUGCUCCCAUGAUGAAAAUGGUAAAAACAGGUUGUAGUGCAGCAAGAAGUAGUUGUGGGAGUACGGAUCCUCUGACCGGAACGGGAACAAGUGCUGGGUCAGCUAAAAAUGACAAGCAGCUCACCAUUCCCUUGGUCUAUGAAGGCUUGUCCAAGACAUUUUUUUCUCAAAGCGAUGAAGAAGAGCCUGUAUUGGCGAUUCCUAGGGUUUUCGUUCUGGAAGACGUAUCGCAGUUUAUCCUGAAUGGGUCUGACGUCUUCGCGCCAGGGUUGUGCGUAAAUAUGCAAGCGCGCACACGCACUCGGCAAUUGCUCAACAUCCUCAACUCACGAGCCGAAUUCUCAGCAUUGUCUUUGUCGAAGAAGGAUCAACAAAAGGCUGCCGAAGAGACCGGUCAAGAUACCGCCACUUCUGGUUCCUCAUCUUCUUCAACAACUACUGCAACAACAACUACUGCAAACAAAACACAACUCCUCGCAGACGAACUCCCGGCUUCGACUCUUUUGAUGCGCCGAGCAGGAGGCGGCUUGCAGGCUGAGUACAUCGAAAAUUCCCUAAAGUUAUGGCUCAAGGAAAUGCAUCUUCACAGGCAUCUUAGUCCCGUUUUGUUUCCAAGGGAAAGGGGACGAAAGACGCGGUUGAAGAUCUAAUAAAGCCUGUUUCUAAUAUGACCUGGCGACUUGGUAGCUGUGCAUGUCGAAGGCAACCCUUUCGCGAUUGCGUUGGGGCAAUGGCAAUUGGAAGGUCUUCGUUUUGAAGGGACGGCUGUGAAGAUCUUGCAUCGAUGGGGAGACUCCUUAUGGGAAACCUUUCCACGGCAGUGGCUCUCACCACCUGGCUUCCUCCCUAAGCGUGUAGACGGCUUUCUAUUCACGGGUCUCUACGGUCACGUCCUUCAGAAGAACGCUGUCGAGAAUCAGGGUCACAGUGGUGCAAAUCAUGAUGGUACCAAAAAGGACGCGAACGCUAAUAUUGGCGAUGAAGAAGACGGACCUAAGGAGGAUCAGAACACGAAUGGAGAAGGAGAAAGAGGUGAAAAGCAAAAAGAUGAACAACAACAACUAGAAGGAGGUGGAGACGCUGCAUCAUCAGACAGCGAGGGAGAGCAGGCGUUGUCGAAGAGAGCACAGCGAAAGAUGCAACUGCAACAAGCAAAAGAUCAGAGAAAUUUGAAUUCAAACAAGAAGGGUGUUGCACACGCACAGGCCAGUCCUCGUGGCGAAGGCGCGGGUGCCUCUUCUGGUGCGACAUCUGAACAAGACAACUCCAAUUCCGUGUCACCCCAAGAGAUGGACCGACUGUUGUUGGAUUCUUUUCUUCAGGCAUGCUCCAAUCCCAACGCCAAAGCGGAUAUCAAAUUGCCGAUGGAUCUGAAUGUCUUCUACGCAUCCCAGUUGCGUCCGAACCGUCCUGCUUGCACCAGCGUCGACAUCAAGCGCUCGACGCACAAGAAACUGAAAACGUUCUUUGAACUUCUCGCUAGCUCCGAGUACAACGGCGUGCUUGAACUGAACAAGGACAAGACCAAAAUCACAAAGAUUGACUUUCGAAAACGCGUCAUCCUCGACUUCAAGCGUCAUCAAACAGAGGAUGGCAGUGGUUCUGUCUCCUUGAUGGGAGUGAUCGGUGCUCCUGUACUAGCAAGCGCAGCACCCUCGGCGGCGACCGCGAAACAACUGGCAGUGAUUCGUCCGUUGAUGAGUGCUGGGAUUCAGUCCGUGCAGAUGGAAGAAGUCUGGCGCUUAAAGAUUGUGGAAAAAUUGCCGUUUUUAGCGGACUUCUUGAAGGAAGCCUAUGAGGGGAAAUUUUUGGGAGAUGCUGUGCUGUGGAGUGAACGCUUGCAGACGAUUAACGCAACGUUGCAGUUGCCAGAGGUGUUUGUGAGGUCUCGUGAUGAUUUUGCCAAACUUCUGCGUGCCUUUUGCGACAAGAACGAUUUAUGGGCGUCCAAGAAGCUACUGAAUCUCCAGAGUGUCGCACCUCUUGCGGGUCUCUUCCACGAAGUUCAGGGAGCGCAGCAGGCAGCGCUCGCAGCGAAGCUGGUUCGCGAACAGCAAAAGGCCGUAGCUGCAGAAGGUGGUGAGACAGGGGACGAUAGCGAUGAUGAGGAUGUCCCUUUUCAGGAUGAGCAGAACUCCCCGUCUAAAAAAACUCCACCCAGCACAACAAGGUUCCAGCCACCUGCAAUGCGUCCUACGACCGGAAACUACAACACGAGUGUGACAUUCGACAGCCUAGUAAGGACUCUCUUCGACACAGCUCAAAGCCUACCAGCGGCACAGCACUGUCUACGCCGUCAACAUCGCACGUCGAAAAUUACCCUUGUCGGCGAUGUCAAGGUCCAGUUUAAGGACGCGCCUCCGCCUAAAGUGCAAGUAAGAACCGAGAAGCGCAUGAACCACAACUGCACUUUGAUCUACGGUUUGCACCGCUACGGGUUUGACCUGAGCAAAACACUAGCCUACUUGAAGGCGAAUGUGAGCAACACCUCUGGACAGGUACUUGACCUCGUCGACAAUAACAAUUCAUCGUCUACUUCCAGUAAAAAUAAUGCAGGAGCAGGAGGAGCCUCAUCUGGCUCAUCAUCUAGAGAUUUUACAACGCCGCAAGAGAUUUUACUACAGGGUUUCUGGGAUGCGGAUCUGUGUAGUCUCUUUGUCGAGCAAUUUGGGAUUCCUGCCAGUGGUGUGGAGAACCUUGCUGCCAGCCGUAAAAAGGACAUGCGUCAGAAGGUCGGAACAUCGACAACAGGACGUAAAAAUGUUGUCAAGACGUAAUACCUGAACUUAAUCUUCCGAGCACAUCAGAAUGAAAACGAAAACGAUGUAAGUAUGUACACGCUGUUCUUGGUGAAGCAAUUAUAUUUAUCAUAAUGAAAACAGAAAACUAUCCCAAAUCAAAAGAAACAGAAAGAGACUGCAACAUGACUCUACCCGCCGAAUACUCCCUCCUAAAAGAAAGCGGCUCACUUUCGCAUCUACUGUUCGUUAGCAAGAACAGAGAUCGAAUUCGCCCUCAUUCAUAUUCAACACUGUAUGCUCCCCCAGCACUCACUUGUUUUCUUUUUCAAACUCACAACGAUCAACGAUCCAAAAUUUUUCAUCAAUGUUACCGAG